AUGGCGCUCCCCGAGUUCACGCCCCGCCCGCUCACGGCCGCGGACCGCGCGCACUUUCGCGCCCAGGCAACCCACGCCAUGAGCCUCCUCGUGCAGUCGAUCAAGCUCGUCGCAAAAGGCAAUGUCGUCGUGAUUGACCGCGUCGGCGACCGCGGGCAGCCCAAGUCGACGCUCACGCAGGCGCGCGUGUCGAUGCCGGGCGCCCUCGACGACGUCUCGGCCUUCUACCUCGGGACGCUCGACAAGCCGGAGCAGUACUGCAACCAGAUGCGGUACGAUAGCACCAAGCCCAUCUACAACCUCGUGCCGCGGACGCCCAACCACCCGAACCGGUACAUGGGACUGCGCUGGAACGCGUAUGCAACGCCGGUCCUUUGCCGCCCCCGCGACCUUUUUGUGCUCGAGGAGUACUUUGACGAGUUUGUCGACGACCAAGGCCGGCGCGGCUGGGCGCGCUGCAUCCAGUCCGUCGAGCACUCGUCGUGCCCGAGCGUACCGGGCUACGUCCGCGCGACAGCCCGCACGUCGGGCUUUGUGGCUCUCGAGAGCGUUGUGCCGGGUGUCGUCGACUUUUUCGUGAUCCUCGACGUCGACUUUGGUGGCCAUUUGUCGUCGUGGGUCCGCAAGAUGAUCUUGGCCAAGCAAAUGCGCACGGUAAGCAUGCGCUUUGUGCCCUUCGACCAGCAUUUGAGCUCGAUCGUGCAAGACAGCCCGGCGCUGCGCUACUUUCGCGAGUGCCGAAAGCUCAGUGAGCCCCAGCCGCGCAUUACGAGCUUGAAGACGAUCAUGAAGCAGCGCUACUCGACGACCAUGUCCGAGCCCGCGGGACCGGAAGAGCGCUCGUUCGGGUCGGCCCAAAGCUCGUGGUCGCUGCGCCAGGCCAAGGAAAUGGACUGGAACCUCGCGAUGCCCGCCGAGUGCUUUGUGUGCCGCACGCUCCUUCGCGCCGGCGCGCCAACGGCGUGUGCCACGUGCAAGAAGACGGCCUGCGCCGAGUGUUGCCGUCCCAAUAGCGAGCCGCGCCAAUGCCUCGUGUGCGCCGAAAAGAACGACGACGGCCGCCCGCUGAAGCGCAUGACGCCCCAGCACGCACAGGUCUACACGCGCCGGUCGUCUACGUCGUCCGGCGUGUCGCAGCAAUGCACGACACCCGGCCGAGUGCCGGCCCGAGGACACCGCCGGGAUCCCAUCGACCUCUCGUACCUCAAUCGCCUCUAA